GAUAAGGAAGCAAGAACCAGCAAAGAAACACUACUAUGUCUGGACAUCUAUUACAAUAAUUCUAUCUUUACAUGUAGCGAAACAUAAAAUAAUACACACUUUUUGUUUGAUUCUAUCACUCGAAUAAAAAUUGUUUGAAGAAAGAUCAAAAGGAAAGACUUAAAGAGACAGAGAACUUGGAUGACUUUAGUUAGGAAUUAAUAACAAUAAAAUAAACUAGAGCAAAGACUCUUAAGCUAAAGUGAAUUCGGACCCCUUUCAGAAGCUUGUUUGAUGAAAUCUCAACAACCGUCUGAUUGUAAUAUACCAGCUUCCACGUUUCUUCGUCUUCUUCCUCAUUCCUCCAUUUCAGAUUCUCGCAUAAUACCUCUAUUACUAUGAUUUUCUCAUGAUCAACACUUUUAUGUUAUUGUAGAAAAUAAUUAUAUGAAUUGUACCAACAACGGAUUAGCGAAAAAACGUUAUACCAUAAUCCUCAUUAUAUGAUUCAUUAAUUAGACAAAUAUACAUAAAGCUAAUUAUCUGUACAACGAGUUAGAAAAGAAAUUAUACGAACAUAACUUGUUAACAUGUAGCUAUUAUUGAAUAAGAAAUUGCAUGCAAUAAUAUACUCCAUUAAAUUGUAUGGAUUUUAUAUUGUUUUAUUACUACUAGCAGGUUUGAGUUACAAUAAACGACACAUAAUCCCACAAAGGAAUAGGUCCAAAUAAUUGCAAGCGACACAUAAAUGAACGUUGGUCCUACAAUGUAGUAGUAGCUGAACGAAACUUUAUUUUUUUCUUUAAGAAAUUAUUUAUUUUUUCUUUGAUAAUUUCUAAACACAACGUACCAACCAAGAUUCUAAUCAAACCGGACCAUAAAGAACUCCCACAAAAAGCUGUUUUGCUCAGUCACCCUAUAAAUACUUCCUCAACCCCCCCAUCUCUCUACAUAAACACAAACACAUCAACCUUAAACAAAUUUACAGUUUUUUUUCUUACAUCUUGGUGUAUUCUUGUUCUAACUAAUGGGAGGCAACAGCAGAAAGAAGUUCUCUCUCUUCAGCUUCUUUAAAUCACGAAGGUCAUCUCAUAUGAUUGAAGCAGACGCAUGGGACGACGGCGUAUACACAAGAAAGGCAUGGGCCAGCGACGAGGACAAGCGAUAUUGGGUGGCUGAGCCAGGUAUUGACCGUAAGGCUUCUGCCUUUAUCGCCAAGUUCCAUGCCUCUCGUGUUUCUGAGUCCGAGUGCCAAACUCUCCCUCCUUGCCACUCUCAUCAUAACUAGCCAUCAUCACAAUCAUCAUCAUGAUGAUGAUAAAUGAAAGAAUGCUAAUAGCUAGCUUAUUUAGUUUGGUUCUAUGUAUAUUCUCUUUUAUUUGAUGUUCAUGAUGAUGUCCUUACGAUGAUUUGUUUAUAAAAUGUGUUAUAUGCAGUUUAAGUUAA